AUGGCGCGCGACGAGUAUCUGGUCGUCAUAUCUUCUUCUCCCGAAUUUCCCUCACUUUGCGACCUUGUCCCGACGACUAAGCUGACGACACUCCGCAGCGGCAAGAAUGCUGCUACGAUCCCCGGUGAUGCGUCAACAACGUUUACGAGCGCUGCGACGAUGUGGCGGGCAGCCCAAGAUCCAGACGCAGAGGACGUUUCAGGCCCGGAGGCUGGGAUUCCAAUGCCAGCUCUGAAAGAUACUGCGCUCGACAAGUCGAAACCAAAGUCCAAACCCCGAGCGCCCACGAAAACAAGGACAAAGAAAGACCCUCCGCUUCUAGUGGCGGAUGACAGUGUAAUUCUUUUGAAAUCCUCGGGGGUUGAUGUCUCGGUCUCGAAGAAAAGGGCGAAACAACCAAAGUCGGUUCAGGAGACAACACAAACAACAAUUGCUAAAGGCAAGGUGACCAAGUCAGCCACCAAGGAGAAGGUCACGAAAAAGAAAGUGGAGACAGUCAGCAGGCAUUUUGCAAAGGAACCGUCAACAUCGAAACCUCCAACGACAAACUCAACAGAUGCUGUGGUACCAGUAGAAGAGGACGGACCGGUGAUUCUGGAGCCAGCUCUGCAAAGGAGAUUCGAUUGGACCCCGCCACGCGAAAGCCUACCCCGACAAUUAAUACCUGUGGCUGAUUCACCGGUGGAAAGAUCAACAUGGUCAGUGGAAUCGCCAGAAGCCAAUGUCUUCAAGGCUCUUCAUGAUAAGUUCGGUCGGACGUCUGAUGAUGUGCAAUCAGUUGGCCCCGGUUCAGGGACAAGUUCACUGGAUGUGUUGGGCAAGAGAAAGCUCAUCGAGAUGGUGCAGACGGCUGCCGCGAGCAUCUCCAACAUCAAUGCGAAUGGCAAAGCCCUUGCAGAAUCCCCAGUCAAGUCAAAGGCUGUCAAGAAGAAGCCACGCACGAUCACGGAGCUGGCUACUGCAGCCUACAGAAAACAGGAAGAGCCGUCUAAGCAAGAUUCGCUCCUCGGCUACCUCGACACGUCAGAUGUGCAGACUGGGUCAUCAAGCACGGUGUUGAGAGGUAAAGGGAAGCUUGGGAAUAAACCUGCAAAGCCAAGACCAUCUAAGAAGAAGCCUGAGCCCAAAAAGCCCAUCUUGCUGUCCCCAGAGAGUGCCUUGAGACAGGUGGCCCAACAGGAUUUCGUGUUUGGAACUUCAAGUCAACUUGCGAUAGAGGAUGACCCCGAUUUGCUGCGUGCGCUUCACGAGGCGAUGAAGUUGUCAAACGACACGACAGAUGACCCUUUGCAAUUCCCAGCCCGGUGA